AUGCCCCGCGCCGCCUGUCAUUCGGAGGCGCCCGAAGGUGGGGGUCGGCCGGGAAGGAAGAGGUCGGCGCGGUGCAUGCCGGGUGCAGGACUGGCGGGGCGACGCGGGGGGAGGCGAGCCGCGCGGGGGCCGGCGGGAGGUCGCGGCGGGAGGCCGGCGGCGCGCGGAGGGCAGCGGAGCCCUCCCCUCGCGCCUUCCAUUUUCCUGCGGCCUGAGCCCGCGCGCUCGGAGGCCUUGGGGAGCGGUCGGCGACGGGGAGCCUGUGCCCGACGGCGGCUCCGGGAAGGAUUCACCUGGAAGAGGCAGGACAGGCGGCGCCCCACGUUCGCGUUGGAUUUGAGGCCCCCCCGCCCCGCCCCCGCCCUCGCCCUCGUUUUGUUCGAAGCCCGCAGCCUCUCGCUCAGGCUCUGGGGCUUUUUGUGGAGGUUUCUGGCCAAAGGUGAUCAAGGGCAGCAGCUGGAUUUUAGAACUGGGUUUCGAGGGCUGAAUGCGCAGUGUGUCUUCAAACCGCGCCGUGAACUCGACACGAGGUUAAGGAGAAACGGCACAGGGGGACGGAGCCCGCGUGUUCAGCGUCUAGGCCUGCAGCGCCGCGCUCACCGAAUUCAGCCAGAAGUACAUGAACCACAGAUGUUUACUACCCCUCCCAGGACCAACUCAUUUUCAGCAGCUCAGAUGCAACAACUGACUAUAAAUGAAAGACUCAGCCUAAGUUCUGUGAAGAUCUGCCCACGAUUCAGUCCAGUUGAGUUUUUUCCUACUGAAAUUUCUAUAACUGCUAUUGUUUGCUUAGUAAUUAUUCCUGAACAUGUGUCUUGCCUCUUUAAUUGGAUUAUAAGCUCUCUAGACGUUACAAAAUAUGUGUAUCAUUUAUUUUUUUGGAUUGUAAAGCAUUCCUGGCCCAGUUGUGUACAAAUGGAGGGUGUUAAAAGUGAAUGAAAACAGGUUAUUUGGGCCCUAUUCACUUAUCCUUUCUCAAAGUGGAGAACUUAACAGCCCUUCAGGAUGAGGACAUUUUGCUUUUUAUUUCUGUCAUUAAUUUAAAAAGUGAUGGGAAAGUCACUUUUGAUUUGCACAUGAAAUACUAUGUUUUUCAGAAUGAAGACAUAUUCUGUGAGUCAUUUUUGUUAUGAGUAACUUAGAACAUUUGUGGAUAGUCUAUUUCUGGGUAAAAUAGUUCAAAAUAAGAUUUUGGUAAUGCAUGAGUGAUACAUAUUUAAAACCAAAAAUAAAAUAUCUUUUUGAAUGUU